AUGGCUUUCAGAUUUCCAGAUCCUCGACUGCGAGUCGAAGAAGACUACACUACAGCCGUCACCGCCAAGGGGUCUGUCGCCCGCACAGCAACUACUUCAAACUCCAGCACCACACGAGAAAGUCCUCCAAAUGGUGUCCCUCCUCUAGAGGUCUAUGCCUACAACGAAGCCACCGAUGGCCAACCUAUACCCUCGCCGAAGCGCAAAAAUAUUGUCUUUGCAGAUCCUUUCGCCUUUCGAUAUCUCGAAGAAGGUAGCAAUGUUGUCGUUGUCGAGCGCCGAGGAAUUUUACGCGGUUACGAGUCCUACCUAGUCGAACAAUGGGCGUGUUCUCGAAAACCACCGACACUACUGAUCGUCACUUAUACUGGAGAUGAGAACCAUUCAGUCGUUGUUGGUGUGCUUUCCGUUCCAGUAGACGAGAACCUCUGGCCUCCAAGACUGCGCUUCUAUUUCGAUCAAUUACAGGACUCUCAUGCGCGACCCAAGGAGACCGAACUGGGAGAGCUCAUGGUCACCAACCUGAGCAACUUCCCUUCAGCACUCACUGUUAUCAUGGUACCUGAGGGCGAUAUCAGGAAAUACCGCUCAUCUUUCAUCGUCAACGAGGAUCUCAAACGACUGGGGUGUUCUGGACGAUCCGGCAUGACUCUUUCGGAUCCGACAGAGGCAACUCAAUUGAAAUUCUUGCAACUUUACAGAACCAGCGAUCGCGUACCGGUUACGCAAGCUGUCGUCGAACUUGUCAAAUUAUGCCAGGUCACAUUAUACAUGUUUGAUAAGCUAGGGCACCAAUACAUCGAUGGGUUGCUCUGUGACAAGACAGAAAUGGCCAUCAACAACUGGUGGAUUGAAAUCGGUGCUGAGCACUACAAUUUCGAGCCUACCGAUGGCAUAUUGGGACCAAGUACGGUGGCGGCACUGCUAGGCAUGUUUUUGGGUGUUCGGAACCGUCUUCAUUGGUAUGGUGCGCCUGUGUCAAAGGAUGUAUUUGAUCUUGAAAGCACUAAGCGUGGUAUCGGUCACUUCCAAAAAUCACAAAAGCUCGAGAAGACCCGAAGGCUAGACCGUCAAACACUUCUCAAGCUUUAUACUGUAUCUGCCAAGGCUGCUGCUGGCGAAAGCUGGGGCGUACAGAGGGCUGUCAAGUCAACACUCACAGAAGUGGGAGGCAAACGCGGCGAGCUUGUUAUGGGCAUGGUCUCAGGAAAGGACAAAGGCGGACUUGCAGAUAUUGAAACCCUCGAUAUUGGCACUUUUGCCAGUUUGGCAUAUGGCGAGCGAGCCAAAUGGCUUUGGCAUGGUAAACCUCGAAGAUCAGUCGCCGAGCUUCCCCAUCAUAGUCCAGAGCUAGGCAGCGCGGUGCCUUGGAAAGACGAUGAAGGAAACCCGAACCAGAAACGCGUCCAUUCAGCGCCUGUGGAGAACGAAUCGGACUCCAAACGAACUGAAGACUCUACAGAUGUCUACUCAGCCUACCCGCCUGGUUCCGCUCUUAGUAUUGCUGACGGCUCUGGUGAUAAGGAGGCUUUGCGAAAGAACAUGUUCAAAAGCGUUGCUGGAAAGAUGAACGAUGCAAGGUCUGGUUUUGGGCGCAUCAAGGAUGCUGUUGGGGGAGGUUUACGUGGUCAUAAUAACCGACCUUCAAUCUCGACAAGAGAUGACUUUCCAGAAACAGGACCCAAAGGUUCAACCCAGGGACUCGCUCCAGGGACGGGACAGCCACCGGCGCCUACCCAAGGAGUCGGGAGAGCAUUCACAUGGAACAACAAACCGCAAGAGUAUAUUGCUGCGAUGAAACGAGCAGAUGCAGAAGGAAACCCAGGUUUCCCCCAGCUUUCUCACUUUGCAUCAACUUCAACGGUUGAUAUCAAGCCAGCUUCGGCUCCUGUAGACGCCCACAAGCGUGACCCAGAUGGAGAUCUGUUCGAUCUGGGUGUUGAAGUGCGCAAGGAUGUCCUAUCUAAAGUACCCUCCGCUGUUGGGUCUCUCGUGGAUGAGAAUGACCUCCAAGGACCCGUUUUGGACGCAGAGCUGAAAAACGACCAUGCUAAAAAGGGGUUAUCACGACGGCAUAGCAUCCAAUUGUCGCACUGCCUAACCACGGCUAUUCUUAACGAAAACCGCUGGCCACGUCGGAUGUCGUUCGGUGACGCCGAAGAAGCUGUAUUGGAUUGGGACCGACUCAUUGAUAUUCCUGAUGCUGCGGGUGACCUGGCAGGACUUGAAGCAUUCAAUGACGUUGCGCAACAUUUCAAUCAGCGGAUGGAAGAAAUCAAGAAUGGAAUUGAGCCAUGGGUUAUGGAAAAACUCAGAGCAGUUGAACUUCUUGAUAACGGUUUUGCCAAAGAUAAGGAAGAGCUCCACGCACUCUAUUAUCAACUAAAUGAGGCAUGUCAGCGCAUGCGCAUAAGUUCGCAUGAGCUACUUGCUGAGGAGCGAUCGCACCUUAUGGAAGCACUCAAAGAAGUCGAGGUGCUCGUUGCUCGGCUUGACUAUGAGGUCAACGCUCUGCUGCAGAAGGUAAUUGACGUUGAAGAUGGCAUCGUAACGUUUGAGAGACAAGUCGAGGACAUGGAGAAAAGAGCUCAGGGUCUCAAAGCUCAGCUCGAGACUGAAGGAUGGCUGCACUGGUUAUUCAGAACAAUCACUGGAAUUGGCACCGGGCCAGAUAUUACGCGGCCGCUUUCUUAA